ACUAACAAAAUGAGUGAACUUGAGUCCACUUUGGCUUUACAGGAAAAUUUUGGAAUCAGACCCUUCAAAAAUACUAUUGAUGAGCAAUUGAAAUUAACUUUGAUAGAUGAUAAUGAAGAGAUAACUCUAUCAACCUCUCAAAAACGAUUACAUCAAAAUGAAAAACAAAAAAAUAAUUUAUCUACUGCGCAGCAAAAUAGUGACAUUUUGACAAAUCUUUACAUUAUUAAGAGACGUUCUGCUCGAGUCAAAAACGUUUGUAGAGUCAAAAGAACGUCCCUCCAUAAUAAAUCUCCUAAAUCCUCGUUCGGUCAUGACUCCAUUCAAUCUCAGUUAUCCAAAUCGUGGGCUGUCACUUUAGAUGAAGCCAUCUUUGGGUCUAGAAUAUCAGAAUUCAUGGGAAAAUACGUCAACAAAAAGGCAAUCAAAUUUAUGGAUAGCGAUAAAGGUUUGGAGGUUAAAAUUAGUCACGAAAUUGUAGUUUCAGAGAAGAUCCAAGAAUUAAGGACGUUGAUCCAGUUUUUCGACAACAUUAUGAAAGCAAUUCCUAAAAAAACUUUAACUGUCUUUACUGAUUCUAGAGCGUCUACGGUUCAUAUUUCUGAAGAAACUGGCCGAGAAAUUAUAGAACACAAAAUAGAACUAUCUCAUUUGAUCAUUCGUACACUAACUCACUUGUCUGUCAAUUAUGCUUGCAGUUUUAGUUGUUCUAAUUUUUCUUGGAACUUAGUUCCAAGUAAAAUAUGGACACCUCAGUUUAAAUACGAAUUUUUGACCAUUUUCGCGCAAUUCAUGGUGAAAAAUAUAUACAUGUCCCCCUGGAACAAUGCAGAUCCGCUGGAAGCCUUACAAAAUUUCGAAGAAAAUCAGAUGAUAGAUGAAAAUAAUGGGAACUUAAACAAGGAAAUUGCCCAAGAUAUACCCUGGGACGAUAGUGAGAACAAUAUGACACCAGGAAUAUCUGAGCAGACUAAAAUAAAUGAAUUCAAUAUCAUUAAAAUAAAUCCAUAUCUUUUAGAUGACGAAAAGACGUUUUUAUUAAAUAAAAAGGGUAGACUCUUGUCACUUGUAAUGUGCGCUCUCGAGAUUCAAAUCGAUAUCCACAUCAACAAUGCCUUGGUUGGGGAACGUGUGCUAAGUAGAGAAAUUGACCCAAACUUCGUGGAAGGUAGAUCUUUGUGGCAUUCGUUGAAUUUUCCCAGAUCACCAGGAAAGGAUUGUAUCAUACCAGGCUACUUAAUAUCCAGACUAUACCGACUUUUGCAAAAAUGGUUUCUCGAAUUGCCCGACACCUCGUACUUGGUCCGAAAACGACCUAAACAGAGUAGUCUCGAUAAAGACCAGUUUUUAAUAAAACAAAACGCCAUUUUUAUUGGUUUUAUGCUGAUGCGAAUAUUUAGGCUAGGUGUUCUUAUGAAAUCCUUGGAGAUGAUAGAGAUAAUUCAGGCUACGAAAAGGCAAAGCGGCGAUGCAUCGAGGAAAAAACAGCUGGAAAAGGUUAGGGAUAAUGAUGAUGAUUUAAACGCGCAACGGUUGCUUCUACAGACACAUACCAAAUUAGUUGCUCUAAAAAACGAUAUCGAAGAUCACAUUUUUAGGAGCGGCUUUAUAGCCAAAAUGUUUCUACGACUCGAACGAGAUGUUAAGUUUCUAGAACCCGAACCAGAGGUUAAAUUACUAGGACCCGAACCAGAAGCUGUUAAAGGUUCAUCCGUUGAGGAGGAUAUCAUUAAUUAUCGACUAAUCACCGAAAGUGAAGCACGCGUUAAGAACUUUGGGGAUAGCGCCAAACUUAGUUCCGACUCUCCUAACUCCUGGAAAAUAUUAUGUAUGAAUUGCCAGAAUUUUAAUAGCUGGUCUGGCCUAACCUUGCUAAACUGGCAAGAAUGGAUUAUGUGCCUAAUACCUAAUUUUAAUUCCUUUUCCGUGAACCCAUCCUUUGACGAAAAUACUCAUUUUAACGUUGUUGAUAUACUAAAUACUCAUGACAAUAAUAACAGCAAUAACCCAAACGACGUAUUAGCAAAUGUUAACGAAACUCAAGCAAACUGUAGUGAUCGUUUAAUAGAAAUCAUGGCCAAUUUUGAUGACAUGGGUAUCCCAGUGAAUGCUACUUACAUAUGUGUGCUCAAAAAAUAUUUGACCAAUCAAAUUACCCGUUUUGACGAAAUUCAACUCCAUUGGCAAGAAAUGGACCUCACUCUCGAACUCUUUCAUUCUUCACUCAGAUUACUUAGUAGGGUCGACCCCGAUCCUGAUUGCUACUUGUCGAGUAGCCUUACUGGCCAAAUUGAGGAACUGAUUGACCUAUGUCUCGCGCUUAUAUCUAAAUUCCCCGGCUUCUAUCCAAACAUCGACCCUAAUAACCAUACUAUAUCUAAAAAUUGCCUUUCUGAUAUUGAUGCUUCUAAUGAUAUUUAUAAUGUUGACAAUUCAGAAUUGGACCACAUGUUAACGCAAAAGAAGAACUGGUGGAUUUUCCUGGAGGAUUUGAAAUCUCGUUGUUCUUAUUUAUCUGUUGGGCGUCUAAAGAGUACAUUAUGCCAAGGCGGUGGAAAGCGUGUCCUAACGCCUUUCCUUGCUCUUUACCAGGCUCUUAAAUGCUUCGAGAAGGAAUGCGGAACUUAUUCGAAUUUUAUUGAUAAUGAUAUUUAUUUUAAUACUAAAGCCGAUUUUACUUCUGCUAAUGCUGAUGCUAAUAAGGCAGAUAAUUUUUGCGAAAGGGGGCUCAAUUUAGAAGAAAUAUUGAGUAAAGCGGAAGCAAGCCUUUUUAAUUACGCGAAAGAUGAUAAAAAAGAAGAUGAAGGAAAUGGCGAUAAAGGAAAUAUUAAUAAUGAUAUUGAUGUGCCAAAUAAUGCUAAGGAUACCGAGUGCGUGGAAGUGGUAAAAAUGGACAUUGAUAAACUGAGUGUGGAAUUGAAAGUUGAUUCAAAGGAGAUGACUGAGAACGAGGAAAAUCUUGAUAAACGGUUAGAAUGGUUAGAUCAUAUAUCCGAAUGGGAUUUGAUGCCACUCUCCCUUAAAUACUUGGAAAUGUGCCACGAUAUGUUUGCCAGCCACCACAUAUGCACAAUGGAAAAUGGAGCUUUCUUGAAAUUUUAUGUCUCCCAGUUAUACAGCGAGGCCUUAAAGGUGAUAGCUCAAAUACACAAGUGGGAACGCAUAAUCACCGAAGACGAUGAAAGACCGAAGAAUUUUUAUGCUAAUAGCGUUAAAUGCAUUUCUAUUUUCGAUAAAUUAGAGGAUCUCAAGGAAGAGCUGAGUUCCAAAAUGGAGCAGGCCUACUUUUGUAUGUACGAUUUUACAUGCAAAAAGUGGAAAAACAACAGAGCCUUGGUGGAUCACAAGAGUUACUUUACUAAAGUCAAAUUUAGCUUGGACCAAGCCCCCACCCUGUUUAAUUUUCUCAAACCUUCCAAAUUACCGACUUUUCACACCAAAGCUAACACCAUCAAUUCCGAGAUCAAAGAUUUGCUGGAAUAUAUCCUUAAAUUCUGUCACGAAUCAUACAACAAUACUAAAGCAGUAAAUAGGGAUGGAUAUUUUCUGGAAGGAGAAAGCAAUAUCCUGUUAACAGAUAUAAAUGAUAGGAACGAUGAUUAUAAGGCUAUGAAGAAAUAUCUAGAAACCGGGGAACUCUUUAGAAUGGAAGAUGACGAACCCAUCGCUAAAUGUGAUAUAAACUUCUUAGAUUCACCCAUUAGCAGUCCAUUAUUGAUAUCAAGACUAAGGUCCUUGAUUCAUUUCAUACUUAAUGGUGAAGAUAUAUUGCUAGAAGAAGAUGGAGAUAAAUUGAUAGAUAACGGAAUUAAGACUUCUUUGAUGGAGAGUAUUUUUAAGGAAAUGUAUUACUUGCUAGCCGAUUACUACUUCAAGAAUAUGUACACGUGUAAAGCCCUGAAAUAUUAUUUGUUAGACCUGUGUUAUCAAAAUGCCACAAUGGAUAGGUUCGACUCAUGGGCAGGGAUAGCUCUAGUCAGGAGCAGCUUGUUCGAACAUUCUCUGAGAACGAUAAACAUCAACUUUGAAAGCUUUCCCCAUAGCAGCCAUUACAAAGGCACUCUGGCCUGUUUCGACCGAGCCCUUAAAAGUCAUGAACAUUUUUCUAAUUACGAUACUGAGAGUAUUCAUGCCAGAACCUCGCUGUGGGUCGAGAAAGGUGCCCUGGCUUACAUGCUUAGUUCUACUGCCUCUAGGAAAUUGAAAAGAGACUUCUUAUUCGGACUUUCUGACCAGGAAAAGGAGUCUUUGAUCAAUUUUCAGGAGGAAAUGCUAAAAAUUUCAAAGUUCUGUUACGAAUCAGCGUCACUUAUAACAGAUAGCAAUCAAGAAAGAUGGCUCUACUCCUACAUGCUGGGUAAGAUAGGCGAGAAAACUGCCAAACAGGAUCCCGAAGUAUACCUGAAGCAUUACCAGGAAUCCAUGGGUUACUUGCACCGUUUGGGAUGUUAUUAUCCCAAGAAAAUCAAUUUUCACUCACCCCAGUUCUUGUCCAUAGAGAUUUUAGAACUAUUUUACAGAAUCCACGCGUCUAUCUUAAAAUACCUAGAAAUCAAUAAAUAUUUUAAGGAUAGUUCCUAUGGAGAUGAGUUGGCGAUUAUUUUUAAAAUUCUGAAUCGAAAUUUGGAUAAGGUUUGGUGCUCACCCUUCAUUGUCGCUAUUUAUGACCGGGGCAAUAUGGAUUCUACCGUUAAUAUGGGUACACCACUCAACGAAGCGGAUAAAGGGCCCUACACUCAAUUCUCUGCUUGUCAGCAAACCAGUGAUAAUAUUUUAAACCAUAAGCAGUCAAAAAGAAUGAGAACUGGCGAAUUUAGGAGACAUUCUGAAACCAAAAAUUCCUUUUUCGACGAACAAAGUUAUUGCCCACCUGAGAAUAUUUUUACCACAGAUUAUGAUUCAAAGAAAUGGGAUCCUGAAAAUGCUCGUCUCGGAGAAAAACAUGACAAAAUGGAUACGUGCGUCUCAAUAAUAAUCGAAAAAUGUUUGAGAGGAUUGAAGGUGUGCCUAAGCCGAUUUCAACAGCAUUACAAAUCCUUCUACAGGCUUUCAUAUCACUACUUCACGUUUGAUCCCAUUAAUAAAUUUAACAUAGAAUUAGCCCGAAAACUCAUGGUAGAUCCCUACGUUGAUUUAGAAUUUCCUCUUAAGAUAUCUUCAAAUUGGAGACAAAACUUCAAUGAAGAACGAUCGAGCAAUGCCGCCACUAUUGCUAAGGAAACCAAUUCUACCACAACGCAAAUCGGAUCUGAAUUCUUGCCUAUCACUAUGGAAUAUUCGGAAAUGGCAAAUAAAAGGGUUGUUACUUCAUCAAAUUCUAACGACAACAUGCAAACUUUAAACUUAGCAGAUAUUCAGCCGAAGGUUCUAGAACCAGAAUUUAAAUCAAAGACAGUAGAAUCUUCGAUAGCUAAAGCUCUGCUAGAACCUAAUAUAGACGAGCAAGUCGUUGUUCCACUAAUUAAUGAUAGUUUUUCUGAAGAAAGGGGAACGUUAUUUAGGGCUUUUGAUGGUCUCCCUAAUCAGAUCAAUGAUAUAAAAACAAAUUUAGCUUAUUCAUCUUCACAUAUCUCAAAUAUAAUUUAUCGUCAUGAAACUGACAGUAUCCCUUUACUCUUUAAUAAUGUUCCCAACCUGGACAUUAAGGCAAUGACCAGUUCUACCACAUCACCAUACCCAUUUGUUCUAGAUACACCCUUAUUAUUCUCACCACCCAAAACCGCCUCCACAAACGUAUUUGCGUCUUUAAAUCAGAAUUCUAAAAUAACGGAUACGUUUCCCAACUUAUUAUCACUAUUCACAAAUGUAUCGCCAGUGUUAACUGAUAACAAAUUUAAUUACCUUGACUCUACUCACCUUGCAACAUAUAGUAAAAGUAACUCAGGAAUCCAACCUAACGACAAUUUCCUUUCUACCAAUCCACUAACGUUACAAUCCGAAUCGCUGAACGAUACAAAUUUUCCAUUCAAUCAUGACUCUGGCACACAACUUUGUUCCAAUUCCUACAAUAAUAAUACUCAGAUUGAUGUAGUCAUAGCCGAUGAUAAAAAUGCCGUGAGCCUUCCUAACUUAGAUAAACCUAACCAAUGUCUCCAUAAUACUGAUUACGAAGCAUUAUUUCUUGCUAAUACUUCCACACCGCCGUUCGAUGCGCCAUUAGAGGAAAAUUAUAAUUGCUCGAGCGUUUUCUCAGUCCCUAACUUCAUUCCUGAUUUUAACCUAAAUAUGCUUAACUCUGACAUACGAAUAUCUACAUUGCUAACAGAGCCAAACAUAAUUCCUUCUUAUUCUAACUCAACUAUCCAAUUUUUGCCCAGGAUUUCCAAUCAGUUAGAUAUUUUGACUACGAAUCAUAAUUUUAUUAGUUAUAACAAUAAUUCUCUCUCCACGCAUAAUUUGAUCACUCCUGCGGUAUCUUUAUUAACACAAACACAGCCAAAUGAGCUUGCUACCGGCUCUAUCUCAUCUAUAUUCGAACCUUCACCUAUUCUUCUCCCAUAUUUAGAAGCUGAGAUAACCGAUCCUAAUUUGAAUAACCCGAAUAGUUCUCCCUCUUAUCUUAACCCUUGGACUGAGAUUUUAUCCACUCCUUUACAAACACCGCCAAUUAAUGUUCCUUCCAACUCCUUUAUUACUCCUCUCGAAGUAGGUCAAAUGACCAACCCAAACACUCCCAUUCCUAAUUUAGGUAUCGUCAAAUUUCGCGUUCAUUCACUUUUCGGUGACCGAACUAAAAAGUGUAACUCGCCCCAAAUCUUCAACACUAUUUGGAGACUACCGGUGGAAGAAAGUGAUAGACCUGGAAGUUUUGCAGGUCACGUGUUUAGAUCUGCCGUUCUUUUGGCACGAAUCAGUUUGCUGACUCGCGAUAUCAACACACUUUAUCGAUUAAUCAGGCAAACCAAAAAAUCACCGGAACGUGAUAAAAAAUACAUAUACGAAAAUGAGAGGAUAUACUUGAACGAGAUGUGUUUGAAAUAUUUGGAAAAAUUAUCAUGAAAAAUUAGAAAUUAUAGAAAAUAAUACUUUUAAAUAUUAUUUAUAUUAUGA